AGCUGGGCUAGCCAGCCAGGGGUUCCCGGUUUCACAGAGAGGAAAGUGACAGAAGCGGUGCGGAGGGAGAAGCAGAGACAGCGGAGAGGCCGGCAGCCACCCAGUCUCGGGGGAGCGCUUAGCUCCCCCGCCCCGGCUCCCACCCUGUCCGGGGGGCUCCUCAAGCCCUCAGCCCCACCCCCGGGCUCCCCAUGGAAGCCAGCUGUGCCCCAGGAGGAGCAGGAGGAGGUGGAGUCGGCUGAAUGCCCACAGUGCGCCCGGGGCCCCUGAGCCCAUCCCGCUCCUAGCCGCUGCCCUAAGGCCCCCGCGCCCCCCGCGCCCCCCACCCGGGGCCGCGCCGCCUCCGUCUGCCCCUCCCCCGGGGCUUCGCCCCGGACCUGCCCCCCGCCCGCUUGCCAGCGCUCAGGCAGGAGCUCUGGACUGGGCGCGCCGCCGCCCUGGAGUGAGGGAAGCCCAGUCGAAGGGGGUCCCGGGAGCCAGCCGCGAUGGACGCCGUCUUGGAACCAUUCCCGGCCGACAGGCUGUUCCCCGGAUCCAGCUUCCUGGACUUGGGGGAUCUGAACGAGUCGGACUUCCUCAACAAUGCGCACUUUCCUGAGCACCUGGACCACUUCACGGAGAACAUGGAGGACUUCUCCAACGACCUGUUCAGCAGUUUCUUUGAUGACCCUGUGCUGGAUGAGAAGAGCCCUCUAUUGGACAUGGAACUGGACUCCCCUACGCCAGGCAUCCAGGCGGAGCACAGCUACUCCCUGAGCGGCGACUCAGCGCCCCAGAGCCCCCUCGUGCCCAUCAAGAUGGAGGACACCACCCAAGACGUGGAGCAUGGAGCGUGGGCGCUGGGACACAAACUGUGCUCCAUCAUGGUGAAGCAGGAGCAGAGCCCGGAGCUGCCCGUGGACCCUCUGGCUGCCCCCUCGGCCAUGGCUGCCGCGGCCGCCAUGGCCACCACCCCGCUGCUGGGCCUCAGCCCCUUGUCCAGGCUGCCCAUCCCCCACCAGGCCCCAGGAGAGAUGACUCAGCUGCCAGUGAUCAAAGCAGAGCCUCCGGAGGUGAACCAGUUCCUCAAAGUGACACCCGGUAGGUGUCCAGGGGAAGGGCUCUUCCCCUCCAGUCCUGGGCAGAUAGCAUCCCUACUUCCUUGGGCUGCCUGGCUCCUAACUACCACGUCAUACUUCCUACAGAAAUUACAGGGGACAUCAGGGCCACUGCUCCUGACAGAGGAGGAGAAGCGGACCCUGAUUGCUGAGGGCUACCCCAUCCCCACAAAACUCCCCCUCACCAAAGCCGAGGAGAAAGCCUUAAAGAGAGUCCGGAGGAAAAUCAAGAACAAGAUCUCGGCCCAGGAGAGCCGUCGUAAGAAGAAGGAGUAUGUGGAGUGUCUAGAAAAGAAGGUGGAAACAUUUACAUCUGAGAACAAUGAACUGUGGAAGAAGGUAGAGACCCUGGAGAAUGCCAACAGGACCCUGCUCCAGCAGCUGCAGAAACUCCAGACUCUGGUCACCAACAAGAUCUCCAGACCUUACAAGAUGGCCGCCACCCAGACUGGGACCUGCCUCAUGGUGGCAGCCUUGUGCUUUGUUCUGGUGCUGGGCUCCCUCGUGCCCUGCCUUCCCGAGUUCUCCUCUGGCUCCCAGACUGUGAAGGAAGACCCCAUGGCUGCAGACAGCAUCUACACGGCCAGCCAGAUGCCCUCUCGAAGCCUCCUAUUCUACGAUGACGGGGCAGGCUCAUGGGAAGAUGGCCGCAGCGCCCUGCUGCCCAUGGAGCCCCCAGAUGGCUGGGAAAUCAACCCCGGGGGGCCGGCAGAGCAGCGGCCCCAGGACCACCUGCAGCAUGACCACCUGGACAACAGCCACGAGACCACCAAGUACCUGAGUGAGGCCUGGCCUAAAGACGGUGGAAACGGCACCAGUCCCGACUUCUCCCACUCCAAGGAGUGGUUCCACGACAGGGAUCUGGGUCCCAACACCACCAUCAAACUCUCUUAGGCCAUGCCAAGACCCAGGACACAGGACGCACCCCCGGCACGCAGAAGAGGAGUUCUUGCUCACUAACCAUAUCCGCCUCGUGCCCCUGCCUCCUGGAGCUUCCCGUUCCAGGAGAAAAGGGUCUACUUCCCAGCCUUUCUUUGCCCCUGACAUCUGGACUCUUCCCUUGGGCCAACCACUCUGUUCUCAUUCUCCUUCCCACCGCCAUCCAUCCGUCCUUCUUAGACAAACCACUCACUGGGUACCCCGCCUCCUCUCUCAUAUGCCCAACACGACCACUGCCUCCCUGUCCCCACACCUGCACCCAAACAGACACAUCAACUCAUCCCACUCACUAACACCCCUCACCCCACCCCCACUGUACAGAGACCAAGAACAGAAAUUGUUUGUAAAUAAUGAACCUUAUUUUUUAUUAUUGCCAGUCCCCUAAGAUAUUGUAUUUUACAAAUCUCCCUCUUCCCUUCAUCCCUCCCUUGUUUUAUAUUUUAUGAAGUUAGUGCGGGCUUUGCUGCUCCCUGGCCCAGGAAAGAGGGGCACCCCGACCCUCACCUGGCACCCCCCUGCUGCUGCCCAAGCUGCUGGGCCUUUUUAAUUGCCAAACUGCUCUCUUCAUCAGCUCAGCACAUGCUUUAAGAAAGCAAAACUAAAAAAAAAAAAAAAAAGAUGCAGCAUCAA